AUGUGGAUGAGGUUUGCCUUGUUGGUUGUCUUCAUGGUUCAUGUCCAGGGUCAGGACCGAGCCUCGUUCCGCAGGUCUGGUGACCGCUACGGUCGCUGCCAGUACACCUUUAGCGUGGACAGCCCGGUGGAAUCCAGCUGCCCUGGCACCAUGGAGACAGAAAACUUGAGCGCUCGUAUAACACUACUGGAGGCCGUGGUGAGCAGGGUGUUGGGGGCCGAGACACUCACAGAGACACUGAGGACGCCUGGAGACAUGGACGAGAUGAGGCAGCUUCUCCAGGAGAAAGAGCAGCUGGACGUGAAAGUGAAGGAGCUACAGAGACAAGUGGAGGAGCUCACGAUGGAGACAGAAAAGCUCAGAGAGAAACCGUGUCUGUCGCUCCCCAACUCAGAGGAUCGCUUCGCCGUCAAUCGAGGCAGCGGUCCUGCUGUGAGUGGUGCAUUUCUGGAAAUGAAGGCUGAGGUUUCUGAAGUUCCAGUUCCUCCUAAAGUUCAGGAGGACCUCCAAAACUCUGCAGAUUGUGGGGAACUUGUUGCUGUUGGGGAGCCUGAGACCCAUCAAAAGGCGAACAGCAUCACAGGAAAAUACGGGAUGUGGUUCCAGGACCCCAAGUCUCCAGGAGCUCCGUAUGGGCCGGACACGGUUUGGCGUGUCGAAACCGUGAGCAAUGAAGUACGAGAACUCUAUGCUUAUGAAAACCUGGAACAGCUUGCUCGAGGCUACCCCAUGAAGGUCUUGCUUCUUCCAGAGUCGAUGGAAAGUACUGGAGCCACUGUGUACCGGGGUUCCCUUUACUACCAGCGCAAACAGAGCCCCACGCUUCUGCGGUAUGACCUCACCCGAGAGGACGUUGUGGCCCAAAGAGACCUGCCAUAUCCUGGAUUCCAUGGCCAAUACCCGUACUCCUGGGGUGGUUACACUGAUAUCGACCUGGCCGCAGACGAGAAAGGACUAUGGGCCAUCUACAGCACAGAAAAGGCCCGCGGAGCCAUCGUCAUCUCGCAGCUCGAUCCCGAGAACCUGAAAGUGACCAGGAGCUGGGAGACCAACAUCCAGAAGAAGAAAGUGGCGAAUGCUUUCAUGGUGUGCGGCAGGCUGUACACGGUGGCGAGCUACAGAGCCAACAGCACCACCCUCAAUUUUAGCUUUGACACGGCGAGCGGCCAGAGCAAAGCCCUGAACGUGCCGUUCCGAAACCGAUACGGCUACAACAGCAUGAUCGACUACAAUGCAGCCAAAAGAAAGCUGUACUCCUGGGACAAUUUCCACAUGGUCACCUACGACGUAAAACUCACGAGGGCCAGCUCACAAUCGUCGUUCUAGAUACAAGA